GUGAAAAUUAAAUCUAAACAAUAAUUUUAAGACAGAGAAAAUAAAUAAAAAAGGCAAAAAUAUUACGCAAGAUGCAUUACUUAUUAGACUACAUUGAAUUUAGAAAAAAAAAUCUUCCAUCCUGCCAGCAGACUUCUGCUCAUCAUACGUACUCACAACAUCAAACAUGACUCAAACAGACUCCGAAGUUGAAUCCUACCCUCCAUUAUUCCGACCAAAGAAAACCCUCCAAACAACUGAUGAUAUCAAACUAGAUCACGCGACUUUUGACAACUCCGAUGAAUCGAACCAACCCACGAAUUCCAAGGUCCUAGAGUUCGAUUCCGAAUUCGACCCGCUUCCAGUGAUAGAUUUCAAGAGCUUAAACAACACAAAGCUGGACGAGGCUUGCCGGGAAUGGGGGAUGUUCCGGCUGAUCAACCACGGGAUUCCGAUGACCCUUUUGAACCAACUUCACACACAAGCCCGGCAAGUGCUUUCCCUUCCAUUUGAAUACAAACAAGCUUCUUUCACUCCUCCUAUGUCCUACUUUUGGGGAACCCCUGGCCUAACUCCAUCUGGGGUCGCCAUAACAAGACCUCAAAACUUGAAUUGGAUCGAGGGUUUUCAUGUACUCUUAAGUCCUUUACCUCAGCUUCUCUAUGAAGAUCCGCUUCUCGAUUCUUUCAGAAGCAUACUGGAUGAAUACGGGAGGCACCAAAGAAGGGUGGCGACAACAAUGUUGGAAGCCAUGGCAAUAAAUCUACAACUGGAUCCUAUGCGUACCAAGUCAUAUUUAUCUCCUGGUACGGGUCACCUGAGAGUUCACAGGUACCCACGUUGUUUUGAUCAGUACUCUGAUGAUGUUCCUCCACAAAACAAUGAUGAUCAUCAUCAUCAUCAGGCCCAACCACAACAACAUUUCCAGGCCCGAUGGGGCAUCGAUGUCCACACCGACAGCUCCAUUCUCUCCAUCCUCCACCAAGACGACGUUGGCGGUCUCCAAGUCUACAACACUUCCGAUCAUCAAUGGUUCAACGUCAAACCUCAAUUCGAUUCUCUCAUCGUCAACCUUGGCGACAUGAUGCAGGUCCGUCAUUGUUUUUUUUUUUCUCGUACAUAUUUUUCAGUGAAAUAAUUACUCUGAUAACACGACUUAUACAAGAUGAAAAUUACUAAUUAAUGUGUAAAUGGCAUUUGUCUAAUUCAUCUCAUUUUAUAGAAAUUUAUUCCCUCCGUCUCAUAAAAAUAAUCCAUUUUUGACUCAAAACUCAAAAGUGGAUUAUUUUUCUGGGACGGAGGGAGUAUUAUGCAAAAUGUAAAGUUUCUUUCAAUCCUUUUUUUGGGAUCCUAGGCUAUGAGUGAUGACAACUAUAUAGCUGCAAAGCAUAGAGUGAAAGUGAACAAGCACAAGGAGAGAAUCUCUGUGGGGUGUUUCGUGUUGGCUCAUGAAGAUGCUGUGAUUGAGAGCUCAAAAUACAAGCCCUUUACUUAUGCUGAUUUUCGCGCUGAAGUCCAACAAGAUUUGAAGACCGUGGGCUAUAAAAUUGGGCUCCCAAAGUUCAGGCUUAAUAAUGAAUAAUGAUGCCUUUUAGUCGAAGGCAUUGUACGAGGUUGAGACCGUAAUCAUAUGAACUCAGUUCAUACUUCAUAGUACAACAAAAGAUUUCUGCCGUGGGUUGUACUCCGUUCAGUCCUUAAUAUGAGACAUUUUGAUCUUAUUUUAGGUUUAAGUUGAUAUAUAUUUUUAAUUACCAAAAAAAUUUUAAAAAUAUAUCUUCACAUUCGUUGUAUUCUCUUGAUUGUUAAGAAAUAUUUUUAAAGUUUUUUUACCAAUUAAAAAUACGUACUAGAUUAAACUUAGGACAAAUCAAAAUGCCUUAUAUUAAGGACCAGAGAGAGUAGUUCUUUGCUUUUGUUCGUUCGGAAGUCAAAAUUUGACUUCUUUAAACUUAUGAUCCGAGAGGUUUUUGACUCGGGUGCAAGUAUUAUUUUCGUUUUAGUUAAAUAUAGAUUAGAACCCAAUUUCCUCUUCUUCUUCUUCUUCUUUUUUUUUUUUUUUUUUUUUUAAACAAGUGGACACCAAUUAAAACUAACUACAACAUACGGUUUUCUUUUGGGUGUGAGGAU